CAUAAACCAUGAAAAGAUAUGGCCUUCUUCUUCUUCUCCACCGUCGCACAAUAUUUAGCUUCUUCUACUUGCUCAUCCAAUGGACAUUUCUCCAUGCCUACUCUGCAAACCUAACCUUGGAAAGCCGCAAAACUGAAUGCACUGGCAGCACGGACAAACAGAACAGCAACUUCUCCGCCAACCUCAACUCCCUCUUGUCCACCCUCGAAGCCAAGUCCUUAUCCUCCCUCUCCACCAACCAAACCUCCGGCGACUCUCCGGCCACCGUCUUCGGCCUCUAUUUCUGUACCGGUGACCUCUCAAAAGACAACUGCCAGGCCUGCAUUCAAACCGCCAUCAAAGACAUCAUUGAUACUUGCCCAAGCUCCAAACAAGCCAUCAUAUGGUAUGAUUACUGUGAGCUACGUUACUCUGAUGUCAACUUCUUUGGAGUACCAGACACUAAUGGCUUCUCGAUGAUCAAUGAUAAAGAGAACACCACUUCAACAAGGCCAGUGGAAGUGGUGUCCCAGUUAGUACGAGAGGCUCCAACUACCCCUCUUAUGUUCAAAUCCCAAGCUUUAAUAUCUUAAAGCUUGUAUGCUCUUGCACAGUGUUCUUCAGA